AGAGGCCGUGUCCCUGGCCAAGGUGCGCCUGUCCCCCAUGGACCCGGUGCUGGAGGACCUGUACAUGGAGUGGGGCCAGGUGCUCAUGAAGGACGGCCAGAUCGAGCAGGCCGCCAAAUGCUACCUGGCCAUGCGUCAGGUGCAGGAGGCGGGCAUGGUGCUGACCCGGCGCCAGGACCACGCCUCCCUCAAGACGGCCUGUCACAUGACCCUGAUAGCCAAUGAGCAGCACCCGCAGGGCAUGCUCUACGCCUUCCGCCUCUUCUCCCAGUACCUGGCCUCGGGCGACUGGAGCGAGGCCCACGCCUUCAUCGCGGAGCACGAGACGCUCAAGGUAUUACUUCCCUUGUUGUGUACCCACGAGCUCCUGGUCCAACAGCUGGCCUCCCUUUGUCCGGAGCUGACCUUGACCCAGAAGUCCAGCACCUCCGACCAUUUCUUCCUCAAGGAAAAGAAAGAGCCGGCCACAGGAAAAGUCGGCCCUCCUGAGUUCCUCCUGGACAAGUCAGAGAGGGACCCGGUGGUCCCGUGGGAGGCCCACUUGAUCGGUGAGCACAGCUUCCCUCACCACGUGCUACGUGCGUGGUACCGCGGCCUGGAUAUAGCGCGCUUGCUGCAGGAGCUGAACGCGACGUACAUGGCCAUCGUGCAAAUGGCUCCUCCUCAGCAGGGGGCUCCUGACACACCUACGGUUCUGGUUCAGGUGAGUGUGGAGCUGACCCUGUGCCUGCUGUCUCUCCUGACAGCGGAGACCACGUCGGCCGUGCUGCACCUCCUGCACUCCUUGGCCGCGCUGCACCAGGGUGGACACCUCAAGCUCCUGCAGGCCAUCUGUCGCCUCAUGCUGCCUCAGGGACCCAAGUACAUGCUGAAGCUGCAGCAAGAGUUCAACGCGUCCCGCGUCCUCAUCGCGAUGGAGAACAACGGCAAUGUGGACCAGGCUGGGGUCGAAGGUCACAACACUAUCAAGAAAUAUCUGACCGAUGUCAAGGAGGAUGGUCACAUCUCUACAGCAAGCCCGCGUUGUCGGGAGUUGGACUGUGUGCGAGCGUACUUCUACCUGGUAGUGCUGGAUUACCUCCGGGAAGAUCUGAACCUCUCGCACUCCGACAACGACAGCCUCGACGGGAUGCCAAACGGGCCGCUGUCUGGAGAAGCCUCUAGUGGGGGCAGUGAAGGUGGGGCGGUUUCCGACAUUGGGAAGGAGUCUGGCAGUUUGACCAGCAGUGAGGGUGGGGCAACAAAAGAAAAGUCUGUGUUGUCUUCUUCUCCCAAGAGUGGGGAUUCUAGUCCGGGUGCUGGUGGGGAGGUGAAGGAUGACGUGAAGUCGGCUCCGUGUGCUGCUUCUCCCGGUGUGGCUGGGAAGAAAUCUGAUUCGAGCUCUUCGACUCGCCCAAAGUUAAAGUGUGAUAGCCAAGAGGGUGUUGCCACUUCAGGUGAGAAAGUUGGAGAGAAGACAACGUCAUCUUCCUUGUCAAAGUCUGGGAGUAAGGACAAGGAGGAUUCAGAUCGGUCUCACCAGUUAGGUUCUCUCUCUUCGCCCACAGCCCCAAAGUCGUCGUCAGUUGACCCCCCUUCUGUGCUGCUGCCUCCAUUGGCAACGAAAGCUGUAAAGGGGAGCAGCAGAUCGCCCCCGUCGCCCUUAUCAUCUUCACCAUUGUCGCCACAUGCUGCGCCAAAAGCUUCAUCUACCUCAGCGUUGUCAUCCUCACCAACGUCAGCUGCUGCUGCUGCUGCCAUGCCCCCCAGGAGUCCUGGCUCCCUUCAUGGCGGUGACCCUCUGUCUGUGAUAAAAGGGAAUUCCCCGGUGUCUGAGAAUAGCAGCAAACUGUCUGCCACUGCAGCAUCCUCUUCUCCAUCGUCAUUAUCACCGCCAUUGUUAUCGCUAUCACCGAACACCUCUAGCACGGGAACAGCAUCAGCAACAUCACCGUCCGUAACCACGCGGGGUCAGAUCAGCUUCAGGAACCUGCUCCGUCUCUCUAAAGGAAUUCUCUGGGAUGUGCAGGCCAAGCGGGAAGCUCUGACCGAGACUCUGGGCUACAUUCAUCGCGCCAUCUCCCAGCACCUCCUGACCAACCGGACUUCUGUCUCCUCAGAAGAAGGUCCUGAGUCAGAAAGUUCCGGAAGCUCUUCCCGCAAAGACGGUGGGGCUCAUGGGGAAGAAGACGGCGGUUCUCAUCGUCCCCAGUUGUCCUCUGUCCCGGCGGCUGCUACGUCCCCUGUGCUCUCUGGCACCCCAGAUAUCCUGAAGGGUGCUCAUGUCGGUGCCACAGGACAGCCUGGCUCGGUCACUCCUCCGUCGACCACAACACCCACUUCCCUGUCACCGAGACUAGAGUUCGGUGGGUACAGAGGUCCCAUCCGCAGCCUUUCGGAGCCCAUGGCUCACAGCAACACCCCGACAAGCCCACUGGAAGGGAAGAUGGAGUCGAACGUUAUAGGAUUCCAAGUUGAGAAGGAGUUGCUGGGAUCUUUUACGGAUUACUUGUCCAGCUCUCAGAAGUCUCGAAAGAUCCUAUGGAUGGACAACCGAGGCUCUCCAGAGGACAUUGACUCAGGCCCUCUGAGCCCCAGUGGCUCGAUGGCGCGGGAUGCGGGAGGGGUGCCCGUUGAUUGGGAUGAAUUGCCGGUAGACGUCAAGUACUUUCAGCCUUAUGUGAGCCUAACCAUGCUGAAACAGGAGCAGGAAGCCUUGUCACAGGAGUUGAAGAGAGUUCCUGAUACUUCUAAGGCCCCGUUCCCCAGCUCACGAGCCAGUAUUAAAAAGCUGAUGGAGGUUUGUCUGCACUCGCCGCUGUUGUCCCCUCAAGAAAGGGCCGUCUACCACAAGCAGCUCAGCGACUGGGCAGUGCUCUUCUCAGUCACCUCGCAGCAAAAACUGGAGACGGACGAGUUUUUCUCGGCCGUAGUCGCCAAACUGGGCUCGAGCAGUUGAUGAUUGUGUGGUUGUAGUUUCUACUUUGUCGACAAUUACUAGUUUUUGUUGUUGUUUGUUGUUUUUUUUCAUUAUUGAAAACUGCCUGUUAUUUGGAAAAGGACUGAAAAUUCUGCCGACCAGCUGAGGGUAGUUUAUUUGAUAAAGCUAUCAGCCCUUUUUCUUAAUUCUGUUCCAAGUGGUUUAUGUUAAGAACUGCUUUGUGUAUAAUGACAUGACGUUGUUGUUUAUUUAUACUAUAAUGGAAUAGGGCUUUUUGUUAAAUCUUGUAUGUUUGUGUGUGGAGUUCGUUGUCUCAUGUUAGUGGACACUUUUCUGUACACUUAUUCUUUCACUUCUGUCAAAAAGGAAUACGGGUUUGCACCUGCAUGUUGAUGACUGUUGCUCUGCUGGUUCAUGAACUUGACCAAGGCAUUGAAGUUCGGGGUUCAUAUCUUAUCCUUUUAGGAAUAAUUGUCCCUGUGUGCCUGAUGUUUGACAGCGGGUCUUUGUUUUUCACCAUUGAAGGACAUUAAUGUGAGGAUGAUGAUGAUGAAGGUGAUCUGAGAAUGUGGCUAUCCAAAUUUAAAGUCAUAAGCAAGCAGAAGGACAGAAUCAGUGUCAAUUUUUUAAAAUAUCUCUACUUUUCUAAUGGGAAUAAAUUGUGGCCUUUUGCAUUUUUCCAAUUUCAAUGAGAUUUAUAAUUUCAUCUUCUAGUAUGGUGGGACUUGGAGGUAAAAGACAUAAAGUUGAUUCCAGGUGUGGGAGAUUUUAUCAAGGAUCUCAAUCUUUCUGCUCCGAUAUGGGAUCCCAACACACAUCUCGCCAGGAUCGAAGAGCCCUGCUCCCAAAUUUCCCAUAAUUCUGAAUUGUUGCAUCCCCUAGUAAGACCACACACCGACUGCUUUGUGUAAAACUGCCAUAUGCCAUUUUGAAAAGUGACUAUGAUGGCGGGUUCCAACUUCGAAAUGCCCUCAUGAUGUACUGUUGUCAAAAGAAAAGCAGGCUGGCAGUCCCUCAACUGUGUUUCUUACCCUGGUUCGAUCACACCCCAAGGUUUGGUGAGUCAGUCUCAAGGGUUUUGGUACAUACACUGCUUGUGUGUAUUUAUGUGUCCAUUCCGUUUACCCCAUCAUAGGGUUGGGUGAAUGCAUGUACGAAAACUUGAGGUGUUCAGUAACUCCAACUAGGUUGAGAACCACUGCCCUAAAAGUUUUCUUCUUUCUUCUGUCUUUUGUUGGAAUGUGGUGUCCUGUCUGUGAGAGAUGAGACUGGAACUGGAACUGAACAGUUCAUGAACUAUUCCAAAGUGCCGAAACUUGUUAUUUUCUUGGUGUUUGUUUCAGUGUCGUAGUUUUCUGUGUUUGUAUAAGAUGUUGAGAGUGUGAUUGACCCAACACUGUAGUCUGCUUGGGAUUGAUAUGACAUACUGCUUUGCUGUUAUGAAUUAUUUGUUGUCCGUUCAGUCGUCAAGGACUCAAAACAGCGUAGUCUCAAUGUGUCUAAAGACUGAUGUUCUCAGGGUAUGAGAAUUUUUGCUUUGAUCGGACAUGCUGUGCCUAAAUCAUUAGGACCCGUGGUGUAGUAGUUAGGGGCUUCGAUUCCCAAGUGGGGAGAAAUUUUUAUCGUGCAUCUUGAUCUUUCAGCUGGGAUGUUGUAUUCCUUUGAGCCUGGGUUGGCCCUGACACGCAGGAUCAGUAGCCCAUGUCUUAACCAUCAUCCUGCGGGAGCCGGGUUUAUGUCACCCGAUAAGCCUAUUUCGGCACCUCGCCUACGUUCUGGUCCCGAAUCA